CUACUAUAAAGCUAGCAUCAGCGUAGCUCUCAAUAGUGCUGUACGACGCUCAUUCCUGUUCUCGAUCAUUUGAAACUAGUCAUGUCUUUAACGUACCUCCCCCUCUUCAUCACGCUCCUUAGGGGUGCAUCAGCUUUGCCUGCUACAAGCUACUCGUUGAUAGACACGUACGAUUACACGAACUGGCUCAGCAAGUUCAGUGUCCAGAGUAUCUCAGACCCAACUCAUGGCUAUGUAAACUAUGUCACUCAAGCUCAAGCCCAAUCGGAAGGAUUGCUCAAGACCGUCGGCAACCAAGUCUACAUUGGCGUUGACAGCACGAGCCAUCUCGACCCUAAUGGUGUCGGUCGCGACAGCGUAAGGCUGCAGAGCAACCCAUCCUACAAUCACGCUUUGGUCAUUGCAGAUAUCGCCCAUAUCCCAGGCAGUGAUUGCGGGGCUUGGCCAGCUUUUUGGAUGGUCGGCCCAAAUUGGCCGAAUGAAGGGGAAAUUGACAUCGUAGAAGGCGUCAACCUCAACACCUACGAUCAAGUCACGCUGCACACCUCCUCUGGCUGCGUCCCAUCCGUCGGCUCUGGCGGUAUGUCCGGCACGUCAACCGGGAACGCAGACUGCGGCGCCAGCGGCGGCUACACAGGCUGUGGCGUUGUCAGCGGUUCUGCUACGAGCUACGGCACCGCCUUCAACGCAAACGGCGGUGGUGUUUACGCCACCCUCUGGACCAGCUCGGGCAUCGAAGUUUGGUACUUCCCCGAGAACAGUGUUCCUGGUGACAUCAAGAGCGGCACACCGAAUCCUGCGGGCUGGGGCCAGCCUAUUGCGAACUAUGCGGGCUGCAAUUUCGAUGCGCAUUUCCAGAAUAUGAAUAUUAUCUUCGAUAUCACCUUCUGCGGCGACUGGGCGGGGUCCGUCUGGAGCUCCUCGUCGUGCGCGUCUAUCAAUCCGAGCUGCCCGGCAUAUGUGGCGAGUGAACCACAAUCGUUUGCCGAUCAGUACUGGCUUGUAAACUCUGUCAAGGUCUACAGUGUCUCGUAGGGUGAUCGAGGACUCCUUGAGGAUAACUUUCCUUGUAUAUAUUUCAGCUUGGCCGAGGCCGUGUCCAUACUCCACGUCUUCUCUUCAUGUUCAUAUUUCUCUUCACGUCCAUACUAUUGUUCGAUUGAUGGUAACUUCAUUCUACGCUGGGAAUUGUAAAGGGAUAUCGCGGUCGCUACAGUGUAUAUAGUCCGUCCAGUGCCAUCUUCUACCUCAAACCCAACCACGCAAACCGCUAUCUCUCAAUACCACCU